GCUCGGGAAGCCGCCGCCAUCACCGCUCAGGACGUCCGGGCUUCCCACCCUCCUCCCAGGCCUCCACCCAUCAGCUCCAGCGGCUGGGCCCAAGUGCCGCCAUGCGUCUGCCUCCAGCCACCUCUCCCUGCGGCCUGGCCUGGGGGCCACUCCUGCUGGGCCUCUGCGGGCUCCUGGCAGCAUCCCAGCCCCAGAUGGUGCCCCCCUACCACUCAGAGGACCGCACGUGUGGGGACCAGGAGAAGGAGUACUAUGAGCCCAAGCAUCAGGUCUGCUGCUCCCGGUGUCCCCCAGGCACCUUCGUCACAGCCGAAUGCAGCCGCAGCCAGAACACGGUCUGUACCACGUGUGCCGAAAACUCCUACAAUGAGCACUGGAACCACCUGUCCAUCUGCCAACUGUGCCGGCCCUGUGACCUGGUGCUGGGCUUCCUGGAGGUUGCACCCUGCAGCAGCACCCACAAGACAGAGUGUCGCUGCCAGCCGGGAAUGUUCUGCGCCCACCGGGACGCAGAGUGUGUGCACUGUGAGCUGCUCUCUGAAUGCCCGCCUGGCACUGAGGCCGUGCGCAAAGGUGGAGAUGAGGAGGCUGACAACACCUGCAUCCCCUGCAAGGCAGGGCACUUCCAAAACACCUCCUCCUCCAGUGCCCACUGCCAGCCCCACACCAGAUGCAAGGACCGGGGCUUGGUGGAGGCAGCUCCAGGCACUGCCCAGUCUGACACAAGCUGCAGGAACCCACCGGAGCUGCUGCCCCCCGAGACACCAGCAGGAACAAUGCUGGUGCUGGCCAUCCUGCUGCCUCUGGUCUCCCUUCUGCUGCUCACCACUGUCAUUGCCUGUACCUGGAAGAGCCACCCCUCUCUCUGCAGAAAGCUGGGAUCGCUGCUCAAAAGGCGGCCAGAGGGAGAAGAAUCCCCCUCCUGCCCCCUUCCAAGAGCCAACCCUCAUGUCCCUGACUUGGUGAAGCCACUCCUGCCCAUCUCUGGAGAUCUGUCCCCGGGCCCCACCAGACCCCCAGGACCCCCACCUCUGGAGGAAGUGCUGCUGCAGCAGCAGAGUCCUCUGACCCAGACCAGGGAGCCGGAGGCUGAGCUGGGGGAGCAGAGCCAGGUGGCCCAUGGUGCCAAUGGCAUCCAUGUCACCGGGGGCUCCGUGACUGUCACCGGCAACAUCUACAUCUACAAUGGGCCAGUGAUGGGCAGAGCGCGAGGCCCUGGAGACCCCCCAGCUCCCCCUGAACCUCCGUACCCCACUCCUGAAGAGGGCGCUCCCGGGCCCUCGCAGCUGUCUGUGCCCUACCAGGAAGAUGGCAAAGCUUGGCAUCUGGCCGAGACAGAGACCCUGGGGCGCCCCACGCUCUGACCAGGCCGAGGGCCGCAUGGAUCCUGGGAAGUGAGAGAAGAGGGUCUGAGAGCCUCCUCCGAGGCUGCCCACCCUCAGGACUCCUGCGCCUGGCAGCCCCAAGGGACCAGGCUCAGGUACUGCUGAGAGCGGCGGGGCCCAGCGGGACCACACCCCACAGGACUCACCCUGCCUGGGAGCCUGUCACCUAGUGUGGACCCGUAGCCUCCGGCACAGACGGGUGGUACGCCAAUCACUGCCCGCCACGGCACUCCGCAGCAAGGGGAGCUUGCCCUGCGGUCCGUCACCCACAAGGACGUCCUCGGACCUCAGGGGACUCAGGGUGCUCAGCCCCAAGCUUCGAGGGCCCACGCCUCACACAGACCAAGGUGGACCCUGGUGCGGCCGAGGUUGCCUGAGGGUCACUCGCCCGGCCUCCUGGAGGAGGGGGGACGGGUUGGUGGAGCAGGGUCGGGGAGGGCUACAGUAUGGGGAAGUUUGGGAACGGAGGAAAAUGACCAGUGUAUUUAUAAAUUGUAGUCACAUGUAAAUAAAGAGAUUGAGACCCA